UCGGGGACCCAGCCCCAGCUGCAGAUCCAGGGCAUCGGGUUUGACCGCACACUUGGAGGUUUGGAGAUGGAGCUCCGUCUCCAGGACCACUUGGCGAAACUCUUCAACGAUCAGCACCCUUCGAAGGACGUGCGAAAGAAUGCCCGGGCCAUGGCCAAGCUGCUGAAGGAGGCCAACCGCCUGAAGACCGUCCUGAGCGCCAACGCCGACCACAUGGCGCAGAUUGAGGGGCUGCUAGAUGACAUCGACUUCAAGGCCAAGGUCUCAAGGCAAGAAUUCGAGGACUUGUGCUCUGACUUGUUCCAGCGAGUCCCAGGCCCCGUGCAGCAGGCUCUGAGCAGCGCGGAGAUGAGCCUGGAUGGAAUCGACCAGGUGAUUCUGGUCGGCGGUGCCACGCGGGUCCCCAAAGUGCAGGAGGUUUUGCUGAAAGCGGUGGGCAAGGAAGAGCUGGGCAAGAACAUCAACGCCGACGAGGCCGCCGCCAUGGGAGCCGUCUACCAGGCAGCUGCUCUGAGCAAAGCCUUCAAGGUGAAGCCCUUCGUCGUUCGGGACGCCGCCCUGUUUCCCAUCCAGGUGGAGUUCACCCGCGAGGUGGAGGAGGACGAUAAAUCCAAGAGUCUGAAGCACAACAAGAGGAUCCUGUUCCAGCGCAUGGCGCCCUACCCGCAGCGCAAGGUCAUCACCUUCAACCGCUACACCGACGACUUCGAGUUCUAUGUCAACUACGGGGACCUGUCGUUCCUGAGCGAGGGUGACCUGCGGGUUUUUGGUUCUCUCAAUCUCACCACCGUGAGGCUGAAGGGGGUUGGGGACAGUUUCAAGAAGCACCCGGAUUAUGAAUCCAAAGGCAUCAAAGCUCACUUCAACAUGGAUGAGAGUGGAGUGCUCAGUCUGGACCGGGUGGAAUCCGUGUUUGAGACGGUGGUGGAGGAGAAGCCGGAGGAGGAGUCGACGCUGACAAAACUUGGGAACACCAUCUCGAGCCUCUUUGGGGGUGGUGGCCCUACGCCAGGGACUGGCGAGAACCUGACGGAUUCGGUCCAGGAAGAAGAGGAGAGCAUCGCCGAAACAGGGAAAGAAGAGCAGGGGGAGAAGCAAGAGCAGAGAAGCAGCGCAGAGGAUGCCGGUGGAGAGCAGGGAGAAGGGAAACAGGAGUCUCCGGGUCAGGGGGAUGCUGUCCCUCCGAAGGCAGAGUCCCAGAAACGGGAAGACGGCGAGAAAACGGAGUCUCAGGAUCCCAAAGAAAACAGGGAAAGCGCCAAAGAAGAAGAACCGUCCAAAGGUUCGGGUGAGGGCACAGCUACCAAAACGGAGGAGGAGAAGAAGCUCAAAGCUCCCAAGAAGCAGAAGGUUGUCCACGAGAUCUCCAUGGAGCUGGAAGUGAGCGACGUGCCCGACCUGCCGGCGGAC